AUGAAAUAUUGUGAUCAAUUAUCAAAAGACAAUAUAACAAAACCGCGCAUUAUAAAACGGGUAUUAAUGGAAACUAAUUUGCCCAUCAUAACAAAUGAUAAUUCAAAUAAAUACUACGCUGUUAAAUACAUUCAUAUGUACUAUUAUGUGGACGAUUUUGAUGAACAAAUAACUCUAAUCGCUCCUAUAUUACUUAUUUUUGUUAUAUUUCUCAAAUUCAUGGCAGUAAUUUAUCGACGGAACACUAUAAUGAAAUGUAUAAACCAUAUAACAGCUGACUGGAAUAUGAUAAACUGUCAAGAAGAAAAAGAGAUUAUGACUAAAAAUCUCAACACCUGUAACAAUAUCACAUUUUCUAAUAACAUUCUUAAAAAAACAUUGUUCGAAAUAUGUCUAGUAGAAAUUGGCGCAUCUUCCGCACUUCUUUGCAUUGAUGAAUUUUGUAUUUUACGGAUGUUGGAUAAAAAUGAUUUUGCAAAUAUGGUACCCUAUUUUAUGAUAUUUCUUUCUUUGAGUCUGAAUAUAUUAAUAUUGUGCUACUUUAGUGAACUUCUCGACUCUCAGUUUAUGGAAAUAGGAGUACAAUCAUAUGCAACUGAUUGGUAUAAAAUUCCAUUACAAGCAAGACGAUAUUUACAUUUAAUGAUAAAUAUGUCACAACGACCUCAAAGAAUUAGUGCCGGUAGGAUAAUUGAUCUGUCUUUUCUUACCUAUGUACAAAUUAUUAAAACUGGAUUUGCAUAUCUCCAAAUUUUGAGAGCUUCAAAUAUGCAAGACAAGUAG